AUGUCAUCGUAUGCGCAGAAUUAUUGUUACUCUGAUGCUAUUUGUAUCUUUGAUGAGUUUUUGAAAAUGGGUUUUCGACCGGAUCACUAUACGUUGCCUCCACUGUUUAAGGCAGUAGCUGGAGUGGGAGAUUGUUAUUUGGGGUUUGUGCUUCAUGGUUGGGUGAUUAGACUUGGUUUUGAGGGAUAUGUUGUUGUGGGAAGUUCUGUUCUGGAUUUUUACUUGAAAGGUGGGAAAUUGGUUGAGGCGAAGCGAGUGUUUUCUAAUAUGUUGUGGAGGGAUUGUGGUGUUUGGAAUUUGAUGAUUUCUGGGUUUGGGAGGGCAGGGUUUUAUGUGGAGGCUUUGAGUUUGGUUAGGAAUAUGGUUGAGGAAGAGGUAAAGUUGGAUGCUUUGGUGGUACCGAGUAUUUUGAAUGCUUGUGGAGGGGAAGGUGACUUGAUGAAAGGGAAGGAAAUUCAUGGGCGAGUAGUGAAGAGUACUUUGUUCAAUGUGGACGUUGUAAUUAGUAACUCGUUGAUUGAUAUGUAUGCCAGGUGCGGGUGCUUGAAUGAUUCAGAAAAGGUUUUCAGGAACAUGCGCAGUUUGAAUGUUGUUACAUGGACCACAAUGAUAUCCUGUUAUGGGGUUCAUGGGAGAGCAGAGGAAUCUCUGGAAGUUUUUAAGAAAAUGAAAGGUUUUGGACUUAAACCUAACCCUGUCACACUAACUGCAGUUUUGGCUAGUUGCAGCCAUUCAGGUCUAAUUGAUGAAGGCCGGAGGAUCUUUUAUUCAAUGCAAUCACAUUAUGGGUUUGAACCCAGUGUAGAGCACUAUGCUUGUAUGGUGGACCUCUUAGGUCGUUUUGGCUAUCUCGAGGAAGCUCUUGGAUUAGUACAGAGAAUGAAGUUAGAAGCAACUGCAAGUGUCUGGGGUGCGCUACUGGGUGGUUGUGUGAUGCACAAGAAUGUCAAUAUUGGUGAAAUAGCUGCUCAUUGUCUUUUUGAACUGGAACCAAGUAACCCCGGAAACUAUAUAGCCUUGUGUUAUAUUUACAAAUCUCAUGGUAUUUCAGAUGGUAUAACAAUAACCAGGGCAAAGAUGAGAGAAUUGGGUUUGGCUAAAACUCCUGGUUGUAGCUGGAUAACAAUAGCAGGAACAGUACACAAAUUCUACCAAGGAUGUCAUUCUCAUCCAUUGACAAAAGUGACGUGUGAAAUUUUAGAUAGAAUGAUCAAGGUGCUAAUGUUGCCUGGCAUUGCAGUUGAUCAGGUCAUUUGUUUUUCUUUCCUUGUUCAGACAUAUGGCAUGGUAUGA